GUCUCGGGAGGCACGAACAAUGGGCCUCUCUCGCCUCCUCCUCCUCAGUCUAAUCGCCUCCGCGGCCGUGAGCACCUUCGCGGCGCAGUCCGAUCCAGCGCCAGCAGCGUGCGACCUCAGCACCCUCGCCCCAAAUCUGGCACGCCACUGCCAGUUCGACCCCGACGUGCCUAGCUUCCUUCUCAAUCCCACCGCGCAGUGCUGCGAGGCGCUGGCGGCAUCUCUGCCUGAGCAGGAAGAGAUGGCCCUCCCGUGCCUCUGCCGCGCCGCGGCCGACCCAUGGCUCGUCGCCGCCAGGCUCGAUGUCCCCCGCAUCUUCGCGCUCUACCGCAGCUGCGUCAAAGGAAGCUUCCGCAGAGGCCCCAGCUUCGCUAACUGGUACUGUAAAGUGGAGAAGACGGGGGACAUCGCGACGGCAGCGUGCAAUGCGGCGACCCUCGCCACGAAGGUGUCACGUUUCUGCGUAAUCGACAAGCGCUUCGUCGAUUGCUGCAGGGCGGUGGUGCCAACCGUCGUACUCACUGGCCGCCCGCCCUGCCUCUGCCGCGUCGGGGCAGAGCCGCAGCUCGCCGCCGCCGGCCUCAGUGCCACCGGCAUCCUCGAGCUCUACGCCGAGUGCGGAGGCCGCAGCCCCGUAGGCCCGCACCUCGUCGAUGCCUGCAAAGUCUGGAACCUCCCGACCCCUGCCCUGGCGCGUCCUAGCGCCACGAUGGCGGCGGCCGUCCUGCCGCCCACGACGGCAUCGUGCGCGCCCCAGACCCUCGCUUUCUUGAUGGUCUCGUACUUGUACAAGGAUCCCACCGCGGAGAGCUGCAGGGACUUGGUGGCCUCCGUCGACCUCGGGGGCGGCCUCCCGUGCCUUUGCCAUGCAGCCGUCGAGCACGUUACCGUCGGCGCGCAGCUCAAGGCCACCGACCUCCUCGCGAUCUACAACGCAUGUGGAGGACUCCACCUUGGAGGUGCCGAGCACAAAGCCGCCGCCACAUCGUGCGAAGGGUAUGGACUGCCGCUGCCGCUGCCACCGACCGGCAAGGCUCCCACCACACAGCUGCAGCAGAACCACGACGGCGGCGCCAUCCGCGUCGGCCCGGACACUCUGCCGGAGACAGCUACGGCUUGAUCUCGCUGUGUUUCGUGAAGGUGAAACUGCGAUUUAGUAGUUGGUGAAGCAGUAAUGCUCUUUGAGAUUUGAUUUUAGACCGUAAGUUGUAGUACAAGUAGUUUCUGGGGCGUGCGUCCAUCGUGGUUUGUGUCGUGAGUCGUGACCCGAUCUCGGCGUCCAUCUUGCCGGACACAAACUGUGGUCGAGGAGCACAUUGUAUCUUUUGCAUUCUCUGGCAACUCAACUCUCCUACCAACUGAAUGCGUGCAAUUUCAGAACAAACAGUU